UGUUAUAAUAGUAUGGUGGCGUACUGUUCUUUCAUCCUGUUUAGCACCGUAGCAUGUGUCUGAGGGUACGUACUAUUCUGCUACAGUCUUUAGUAGACUAAAGGCACCAACCUGCUGUUUGGGUAGAGUUACACAGCCAAAUUUAAAAAACAAACAAACAAAAAAACAAGAACACGGAGAAGAAAUGUCUUCGAUUCAGCUUUGAACAGAAACAAAAUGAUGCGUUUGAAGAUCGUUGAGCAGACUGACGCACGUGACCUGCGUGUCAUUAGGUGCCUGUAAAGAUGUAGUCCAUAAAAUUCAACCCAAAUCUUUUUCUGAACGAACAGAGGGAUUUCUGCGCCCUACUUCUGCUCUCCAGGAGUUUUUAUCUACAAAUAUUACUAAAGAUUUGGUGUUGAGAUGAAGAGGUCUCUGUUAUGACAGCCUAUGUGGAGAUGUCUGGAGACAGCAGAAUACUGUCCUGGAAUCCAGUGCCUGGUGAAACCCAGCAGAAGUGUAAAGGUAGCUCUGAAGUGCUCACUGAGAAUGUAGGCACAGUGAAGAUUCUCAAAGUGUGUUUCAUUAGCAACAGCUUCAAUCUGGGAAAGAACUUUAAACUUGUGAAAUGUAACAGCUCCUGGGAAAUUAAGGCCAUUAUUCAGUCUAUCUUGGAAAGUGGACGGCUUGGUCCAAACAUCAAGUUCACUGGCUGCUAUGGCUUGCGGCUUAAACACCUCAAAUCAGAUGAAGUGCACUGGCUCCAUCCAAACUUGACAGUGGGGGAGGUGGAGAAGAAGUAUGAGCAGCAACAUGUGGAAGCUGAGUGGAGAUAUGACUUGAGAAUCCGGUACAUCCCCUCUGAUUUCAUGGAGAAGCUGAAAGAAGAUAAAACCACCAUGCUGUAUUUUUACCAGCAGGUCCGCAGUGACUACAUGCAGCACUGUGCCAGUAAAGUCAGUGAUGGCAUGGCCUUACAGUUGGGGUGCUUGGAGAUCAGGAGAUUUUACAAAGAUAUGAAUGCCAAUGGAUUGGAAAAGAAAUCUAAUUUUGAGCUGCUAGAGAAAGAAGUGGGCCUUGAAUUGUUCUUUCCACAGGAAUUGAUCAGCAGUAUGAAGCCAAAGCAACUCAGGAAAUUGAUCCAGCAAACAUUCCAGCAGUAUUCGUCUCUAAAGGAGGAGCAAUGCAUUAUGAAGUUCUUUGAAACUUUCUCUAUGUUUUCCAGCUUUGAUGAGGAAGUUUUCCCUUGUGAGCUAGUGCAAGGAUGGAGUUUAGCUGUAGACCUUGUUAUUGGCUCUAAAGGCAUUUGUCAACGCACAGACAAGAAUUCAGUGCCCAUCUGUUUAGCUGAUUUCACACAAAUUCAAAAGAUCAGAUGUUCCCUUCAGAAUGAUGGAAAGGCUCUGUUAUAUCUCGAAAUUCAGGGAGCUAAACAGCCUUUGUCCAUCAACACGGCCUCAUUUGCAAUGGCUGAGAACAUGGCUGACCUGAUAGAUGGUCACUGUCGUUUAGGAAGUGGAAAAGACACAUCUUUGAUCGCGAGACCAAAAAAAGAUAAAGAAGCUAGAAUUUCUCUGCCUAUUGUUCCUCAUUGUCAAAUUAAAGAAGGUACCUCCUCCUGCUGCGCAAGCACAAACUCAGACAUAUACGCUGAGAUCCCCGAUCAUAAGCCCGAAACAGUGGAUAGGCAUAGCAUUUCUAGAGGCAGCAUUGUCCUUGGCCGGAUCCUGGGUGAAGGUUUUUUUGGGGAGGUUCAUGAAGGGGUUUACAAAAGCAAGACGGGAGAGAGGGUGAGUGUCGCAGUGAAGACAUGCAAGGACUGUACGGCUGAUGUCAAAGAAAAGUUUAUGAGCGAAGCCGUGAUCAUGAAGAAACUUGACCACCCCCACAUUGUGAGACUGAUUGGGAUCAUCGAGGAGGACCCAGUGUGGAUUGUAAUGGAGCUUUACCAGUAUGGUGAGCUAGGAAAUUACCUGAUCGAGAACCAGCACAAACUGGCCAAUGUAACCCUCAUCCUGUACAGCCUACAGGUCUGCAAAGCUUUGGCUUACCUGGAGGGUGUGAAUAUGGUACACAGAGAUAUUGCUGUGAGAAACAUUCUGGUUGCUAAACCAGACUGUGUGAAGCUGGGUGAUUUUGGCUUAUCUAGGUACAUAGAAGAAGAAGAAGAGUACUACAAAGCCUCUGUGAGUCGAUUGCCUAUCAAAUGGAUGGCUCCUGAGUCUAUUAAUUUCAGGCGAUUUACCUCAGCUAGCGAUGUCUGGAUGUUUGCUGUGUGUGUGUGGGAGAUCAUGAAUCAGGGUCAGCAGCCUUUCUUCUGGCUGGAGAACAAGGACGUCAUCAUACAGCUGGAACAGGGCACGCGGCUGCCCAAGCCUGAACUGUGCCCUCCUGCCCUUUACUCGCUCAUGACAUGCUGCUGGACCUACGACCCCAAAGAGAGACCCUCUUUCACUGAGCUCGUCUGUAAACUCAAUGAUGUUUACAAGAUGGAGCAGGAGCAGGCAGUGGACGAGCAAAGGAACAGAGCACGUCUCACAAGGAUGGCCAGUGCUGAGGCUCCACCGAAGCCAUCAAGACAGAGACCCACAGACUUUAACACUAUUAACCCCAGACUGCACACUCAGCUCCCCGACUAUCUGUGUGCUAGUUUACCUGCGCUCGCUCGCCCACCAGGCUUCCGAUCAACACACAUCUGCAGCAGCACAAUGACCCUGCCUUUGUCCCCGCGGCGCUGCAGCGUGGGGAAAAAGGGCUUUGGAUUUGAGCCAUCCAGUGUAGAGGAUGCUCAACGGCUGUGGGAGCUGGACAAGCAGCGUAUGGAGGAGACUCUUCGGAGACAGAAACAGGAGAUGCUGGCAGAUAGCCAAUGGCUUGAGACAAAGGAGAAACUGCUGGACCCAACAGCCCAUGAUGAUCCACAAAUAAAUAUGCCACCAGAAACAGACACAGGCUAUGCUCAGUUUAGACGUCCCCCGGAAAAGCCAGCCAGACAGACCGCACAGCCAGCUCCAACAGCAGAACUGGACCGCUCGGAGGAUAAGGUCUACCACAACGUGAUGGAAAUGGUCAAAAUGGUGAUGAAACUCAAAAACGAUGUCAAUACGCUGCCAGCUACUGAGUAUGUCUGUGUGGUGAAGGAUGUGGGACUAACAUUGCGCAACCUAAUCAGUAGUGUGGAUGAAGUCCUACCGAGCCUGCAUGAGUCAGUCAGGACUGAGAUUGAAGGCACUCAGAAGCUGCUGAAUAAGGACUUGGCAGAGCUGAUCAGUAAGAUGCGGCUGGCCCAGCAGAACGCCAUCACCUCUUUAAAGGAGGAGUGUAAGAAGCAAAUGCUAACAGCAGCUCACACAUUGGCUAUGGACUCUAAGAACCUUUUGGAUGCUGUGGACCAGGCCCGUGUACGAGCUAAUAUUGCCAAACCAAACCCUAGCUGAUGUGAUCUAGCUUGAUAGUAGAUUUUCAUUUACCAAAGAUGUGGUUCAGAAGCUAUAGAUUUCCCACUGUCCUUGUUCAAAUUUCCUUGCUAGAAAAUAAAAGGGAAGAAGAAAAUAAGCGAUUUUAGCCUCAUCAGUAUAGACUUUUAUGAUACAGUGGUACAGCAUUACCUUAUUUGUUUAAUUUAUGGUUACAUACUAGAAUGAAAGCUGGGCUUUCUUUAAAGAACAUUUUAAAUAUUACCUUUUUAUUUGCAUUGCUUGUACAAAAUGCUUGUCGUUUUAACUUCAAAAGUGCUUAUCUUUUUCAAAUCAGAGCUUAUUGUUUUGUUGUUGUUGUUGUUGUUUUUUUGUUUUAAUAAAAAAGAACAGAUGCAUUAUCUGGAGUUUUCACAUGAAAGGGACCCACCUCAGUUGUCAGGACAUCAAAUAUUUGGAAAUAAACAUGUAGAAUUUCUGUUCUGCAAUCCUGUUAAUAGGUAAUAAAAGUCAUAAAAUGCUCAUAAUAGUCAACUGUGUUAAAUGUUUACAGUAGACAGUAUUACUGCUUUAAAUGUCAGUGUAAUGUAAUGCUUUAAGUGUCAGUGUAAUGCCUCUGUAAUUGUAAGUCUCAUUUUUAUGUAAUAUUUUGUUAUUUAAAUUCUGAUUAAUCUCAUAAAAGUAAUAUUUCUGAAA